AUUCUUAUAUGUAUCAUGAAGUCAUUUUUAUUGUAUUUAAGAAUAUUAUAUGCCACCAGUUUUAUGAUCGAUUUUAUACCAGUUAUCCGAUAAACUUUAAACCUCUCACUAAUCCGGAUCAUUGCCCGGUCCGGUUUUGACAACACUGCUCGGGACAUAUCAAGUCCUACACGGUUCCGUUCAUAAAUUCUCAUAACUACCCACUAGCUCAUUGUAAAAGAAACGUAAUGAAUUAAUCAAACUAUAUAAUUUUGCACACAGCAUUAACGAAUGAGAUACAAUUGCAUAAAAUCUUGAUUUAAAGUCAAUUUUUUUUAACUAGACUGACUCGUUGAUGGACAUGCUGCUAGUGCUAAGCUAGAUUCAGACAAUGCAUUUUGAGGUACUGGCAUCUUAAACACAUUGCACACAUGUAAAUAAACAAACAAACAAAUGAUAAAUUAAUUAAUUGAGGUAAAUGAAUUGAAACGAAUUACAAGGGCACAAGGGGCAAUGGAGAGAACUAUCAUCUUGAGCGGCUAUGGUUAAAUUAACUAGCGUCCAGGUCAGGUGUUCUGAGUACAAAUGGGAAUCGCUAAUGAGAGAUGGUUUUUUCUUUUUUCAUUUUUGUUGUUUCUCUCCUUGGUCACAUCCUUUCCUCUUUGUUUCUCUCCUUCCCUUUGUUUGUUCUCUCUAUGUCUAUUUCUCUUUCCCUAGCCAUGAUUGACUCAAUUUUGAGUUAACCCUGAGUUAAAGCUUUUUACUUAUUUUCUUUUCUCUUCUCUUCAUUUCAAUUCUUUCUUUUUCUAAGACCCCCAAAGAAAUCAUUGAUCCAAGAAUUUGGGUAGAAAGAAGGGAGAAUAAGUAUAUGCUGGAACAAUUUGAUAUUGAAGAUUAAUCACUCACAUGUAAGUCCUGCAAAACUGAAAUCGAGAAAAAGCCGUUGAGGGCGAGGGUGAGGGUGAAAGAGAAAGGGAAAGAGACAGAGUUAGAACGAUUAGGGGGAGAAAGAAAACAAAAUGGAGACUUCGAGCAGGUCGAUUUCCAUUGAUAUGGAGACCUCUUCUCCUCGCGGGAAGGAGUAUGUCAUCGACACAGUUUGUGGCUCCGUAUGUGUUUCUGUGUACGGAGAUCAGGAUAAGCCAGCUCUAAUUACAUACCCAGAUUUGGGUCUAAAUUAUAUUUCUUGUUUCCAGGGGCUACUAUUUUGUCCAGAAGCAUGUUCCUUGUUCCUGCAUAAUUUUUGCAUUUAUCACAUCUGCCCUCCUGGCCAUGAGUUGGGCGCUGCUACUAUUAGUGUUGUUGAUCCUAUACUUUCUGUUGAUGACUUAGCAGAUCAAAUACUGGAGGUUCUUAACUAUUUUGGGCUUGGAGCUGUGAUGUGUAUGGGGGUUACAGCAGGAGCGUACAUUCUAACCCUUUUUGCUAUGAAAUACAAGCAACGCGUCCUUGGCCUAAUACUUAUUUCUCCUCUAUGCAAAGCCCCUUCUUGGACAGAAUGGUUGUACAACAAGGUGCUCUCCAACUUGCUUUACUAUUAUGGUAUGUGUGGAGUGGUGAAGGAGUUGUUGCUCAAAAGAUACUAUAGCAAGGAGGCUCGAGGGAAUGCUCAAGUCCCAGAGUCGGAUAUAGUUGAAGCUUGUAGAAGAGUACUGGACGAAAGGCAAAGUUUAAACAUUUGGCAGUUUCUUGAAGCAACAAAUGAGAGACCAGAUCUUAGUGAGUGCUUAAGUAAACUACACUGUCGUUGCCUAAUAUUUGUGGGAGAGUACUCUCCCUUUCAUGGAGAGGCUCUGUAUAUGACAUCGAAGCUCGAAAGGCAUCAAAGUGCGUUGGUUGAGGUUCAGGCAUGUGGGUCAAUGGUGACAGAAGAGCAGCCGCAUGCCAUGUUGAUACCAAUGGAGUACUUCUUUAUGGGGUAUGGUAUUUACAAACCAGUGAAGCUUAGUGUAAGCCCAAGAAGCACAUUGAGUCCCCUCUGCAUCUCCCCAGAACUUCUUUCCCCAGAGAGCAUGGGGUUGAAGUUGAAGCCCAUCAAAACUCGUAUACCUAUGAAAGUCUAAUGGUUACAGGAAACUAGUCAUCAAAGGCCUUCUUUUGCCUUACUGUAUUCUAUUGUUUAUAUUGGAGCUGCUUCUAUCAUCGAUGGUUAGAGUUGAUAGUUGACAAAAUCAAUGUCAAAGUAUGUUAAUCGCUGACUGUCGAUACCAUUGGGACAACGUACGUUUGCAGCACUUAGGAGCACAUCAGCGACAUGUCACUAUUUGGAGAAGUAAACACUUGACCUAGUCCAAAAAAGUGCAACCAAUGACUCGACCCGCAAAGGUUCCUCAACUCGGACUAGACCGUUUGCACGAUUCACUUGUCAAGCAUGCUCACAAAAGACCUUAUAAGCUCCUGGAUUAAGGUAUGGGAGGUCCACAUAAGUUGUCUCUUGGCUAGAACUGUCUUAGGGACCGCACGACCCUAGCAACUCAUGACAUGUCAUGAGUUGCUUAGUCAUUUUUACCAGGAACACGAUGAGAGGGUAUAACCCAAAUCACACAGGGUAUAAGAGCGAAUAGUAAAUUUCUCAGUCACAG